CAAGCAAACAUUAAGUCACUUUAAAUAGCUUAUUCCACUCCAUUGCCUUUUAUUUCCUAUAUGUCUUUUCAUCUAUUUUUCUUAAUUUUGUGUACUUCUACAAAAUUCAUAUCAGAUUAUUGUCACAGUCUGAAAUUGUUUAAUAACGGACAAGAAGAUAAAAAAUGGCUCAGUUUUUAUCAACGUGCUUCUUAAUUUUGAUAUCAGUGCAACUGUCUCAGGCACACCCACGGAGUGUCCACAGUUCAUUCAGUGACAGUCUAUUGCACACAAAACUGGAAAGUAUUUCCACGAUCUGGCAAGUACUUAUUGGAUCAGCAAGCUUUCUGUAACUUACUGGAAUAAAGGAACACAAGUAAUUUGUAGUGCAAUUAGUCCAUUACAUUAGGUCAUUUAACCUAAUAUCUAGGCACAAGUAGGUUUGGCGAAAUUGCUCACGUAAAGCGCUAAUGGGCUGGGUCAAGUGCAAUUUAAUUCUGAGGUUCUUCUUGUGUCGGCACUCACUUCACUUCUAACGGUUGAUUUUGAAAAAUGUAUUUAUUGAAACACAAAAAAUUAAACCAAAAAUAUUUCUAAAUUCAAAUGACACUUCAAAGGAAAUUUUGUCAAGAGUGGUCAAAAAAUCAUACCAAAUCCAAAAGUUUUACUCUCCAACUUCUUCCACCGGCCCCUUUUGCAGUAAAAAAAAGAAAAGAAAAAAAAAAGGCAGGCAGGCAGGUGAAAGAAAGAAAGAAAGAAAAAAUAAUCAAGUUGCUCUCUUAGCAGCGAGAGAAUUUCCCACAUCAUCAAAAGAAAAGUGAGAGCUGAGAGUAACAGUUUCUCCAGAUUCAGGAGGAUUAGAGAGAGACAGAAACUCUACAAACAAAACAGAUGUUUGAUAAAAAAUAAAUUCAAUGCUCAAACACAUUUAGAACUGUUUGGCUGUUGCUUUAUAAAGUGUGAAUUUCAUAACUCAGAAAACUAAUAUAUGUAUAUAUAUAAAGUGGUUACCUUUAGGAAAUAGAUGUGAUUAUCUGUGUUUGAAAGCUGCUCCAGCUCAGUGUCUCUCCUCCUCCAGAUCAUCAAUCUCCUGUUCCAGUUGCUCAAAGUCCUUCAGCUCGACUUAAUGCAGCCUUUUCAUGAUCUCUGAUCAGUUGUCACCUCAGAGCAGCUUCUCUCAAUGGAGUGGAUCAGCUCAGUAAAGAUCCUCUCUCUGUCUUUCACUGCUGCUUGUGCAGAGUGCUGUUACACAUAGAGAGAUAAACAUUACAAUCCGUGCAUUCACUUAGAUUUUACUAGUACCUCACACAACCUGUAACACACUGUGGUGUUCAGUAGAAAAGAGGCGCAGCAUUGUACUCCUCACUGACUGAUUGACUGGAGUUAAAUCCUGCCUCCUCAAAACUUACCUUAUGAGUCUUCACGGCCUCUCUCAACUCCUGAAGCUUCUCUCUUUCCUGGAUUUUCUGCUGAAACUUUCUGUGAAUGUCCACGAACUGUUUCUGUAAUAGUAACAGACAGUGACUUUUGUGGUUGUCUAUCACACACUUAAUGCAAAUACACUCCCUUUUAUCUGGUUUAGUGUUUAAGAGCUGUACAGAUUCAGUUUUCACUCAACUAUCUCACAGUUAUUGUUGUAAACUGCAGUGAAUCAAAACCAUAGGUGCAAGCACGAUGAACAAAUCCAGGGUCACAGGGUAAAUUUAGUAGCCAUUUACAGUAAAUGUUUUUGUUUCAUGUCUAUGUAUUACUAAAUGUCAUGUGACUAAGGGGAGUAUUCUGUAUCAUGCAAUCAAUUGGGGUUAAAGACGCCUGUGUUGGUAUGUGUUUUUGAGGGAGGGGUGAGUUGUUGGCACAUAUUUUUUGUUGACUUAACAAGUCACUCCCACUUUAAAGCCACCCCCCUCUCCCUCCCAUUUAAACCCCAAAUGCUCUCUAGUCUCCACAAAACUUAACUGGUGGAUCCAAGGUCCCAUCAUUCUGGAAAUGGAAAUCUGAUUUUCUUUGCUUUGUGAGCUUCAAAUAAGCCAAUAUUGAGCCAUUUUUAUUUGUUUAUUCCACUCCAUUGCCUUCUAAUUACAAUAUCUCUUUUCAACAAAUUGUUGAAACUUGUUAAUUGUUGAAAACAUUCCUAUGAGAUUGUCCCAGUCUGAUAUUGUCCAAUAGCAGACAAGAAGAUAGAUAAUGGCUCAGUUUUUAUCAACAUUCUUCUUUAUUUUGGUAUCAAUGCAACUGGCUGAUUCAUCCGGUGUGUUUGAGUUGAAAGUGCACUCUUUCAUAAACACCGGCAGUGUGUGUGAACAGUCCAGAGACUGUCAGAUUUCUUUCCGUGUUUGCCUGAACUACUCCCUGGAUGUCACAUUUAUUACACUGCUGUGUAAUAAUGGCAAAGUACAGACAGGAAUAUUCAAAGCAGACCAGAGCUCCAUCUCCAGCAGUGCACCAAUAACACUACCUUUUAACUUCAAGAGGCCGGGAAAUGUCUCAUUGAUAAUUGAAGCAUGGAAUGCAGAGUCUUCCUCUGACCAGUCAACAGAGAACUGGUACAGGAUGAUUAGCCACUUCACCACCAAUAAAAUGUCCAAGGGAUGGUCCCAUGAUGUGCAUCGUGGGGAGAAAAGUGAACUGCGCUAUUCAUACCGUGUAGUGUGUGAUGAGUUCUAUCAUGGCGAUAACUGCUCUGAUUUCUGCCGUCCACGGAAUGAUUCCUUUGGUCACUUCAACUGUGAUGCCACUGGCAAUAGAAUUUGCUUGGCUGAAUGGAAAGGCGAAUAUUGCACAGAGCCUAUCUGCUAGUCUGUCUGUAAUGAGGAUCACGGCUAUUGUGAGGCCCCCGGUGAGUGCAAGUGCCACAUAGGCUGGCAGGGGCCCCUCUGUGAUGAGUGUGUCAAAUACCCGGGGUGCUUACAUGGCACCUGCAGUCAACCUUGGCAAUGCAAUUGCAAGGAGGGAUGGGGUGGCCUGUUGUGCAGUCAGAAUCUGAAUUUCUGAAUUCCUGUUUAAACAUUAUCCCUGUAAUGGGCUUAUACAAGGAAGCAACUGUUUAAAGUAAAAAUAUUUUCUUUCUCUUUGGACUAUGGUUUAAUUCUUUUAACAAUGGACAGUAUUUAUGGAAAGUUAAAAAAAUAAAUAUACAUUGUCCGAAGAAAUCUCUUAAUGGUGGUGGUUAUAUUUUAGUUCAUUAGGCCGUGAAAUUAUGGCAACAGACUACAAGCAGUACUAUUAAUUAAACAUAACAAUGUUUAAAAUUGAUUCAUUAUGAAUCAGACCAGUUCCUUAAAAGUCAGUCAUAUAAAAUAAGUAACUGCAAAUGGAACAUCUGGAAAAAUAAAGAAAUGUUAAGUGUUAAACUAAUAUUGUGUUAAUUGAUAAAUAUCUACCAUGUUUAUGAAUAGUAAUAUAUAGAUUAAUUUAAUAUAUAACACAGACAAGUUACAAUUAAGCCUAUUAAUGAGUGAAAUUAUUAAAAAUUAUAUUGUAGAUUAAAAAUGAUCUCAUGUAUUAACACAGACUUACCA